UGUGUGUGUGUGGUGGGGGGGCACACACUGGGAGGUUUUUCGUUCUUAAAGAGACGUUUCCCCAUUUUUCAACAGUCGUCUGAACAGAAAGAGGAAGAGAAGCUGUGUGUGUGUGUGUGUGUGUGUGUGUGUUGUGUAUAUUAACAUACACGCUGAUGAGUUUGUGAGGAAUCAGAGAAGAUGAGGAUUUUAGUUUUACUGCCGGACCAUGAGAAGAGGAGGAUUAAAGCGGAGAUGCCGGUGUCUGGGAACAUGCUGGACGUGUACGGAGCGAUGGCCACGCCCACCGUCGCCGUUAGCAACAGUUGCCCGGCCGACCUGCAGGCCAUCAAGAGAGAGGUGAACGAGGGGGAGACCAAAGCUCUGAUUAAAGAGAGACAAAAGAAAGACAACCACAACCUCAGUGAGUACAAAGUAUUAAUUCACUCAGACCUGCUGUUGGUACUGAGGUCACCACAGAGUUAUGAAAAGCUUCAGUCACAAUAAAGACGGAUUACAAUACAAGACUAUAGCCCUACAUGAGUGUAUAUAUUACAAUGUAACGUUAUCUGAUACAAAGUA